AUGAUGAAGCGGCUCGUGAUCCUCAGGCGGAGUCAUCCGCCGCCGCCGGAAGCAUCGAUGGCGUUCAGCGGGUGCUGCCGCGACGUGCUCUACGGGGAGUGCCGGCGGAACCACGCGGCGAGGAUGGGAGGGUACGCGGUGGACGGGUGCCGGGAGUUCCUGGCCGAGGGGGAGGAAGGCAGCAGCGGUGCGCUACGCUGCGCCGCGUGCGGCUGCCACCGCAACUUCCACCACCGGGUGGUGGUGCCGCGCUGCUGCUGCAUCGACCCGGAUGAUGCCGCGGCCUCCCGUCGCAGCAGGGACUGCUCGACGGAGUCCACGGCGUCCAGCUCCACGGCCAGCUAGGAAGGCAGGAGCUCGCAUGAUCAAUCACAGUAUCACACAGGUCGGCCGGCCAUGUUGAUCGAUCGAUCUCAUCAGGUGUCCAAGUUAUCGAUCCAUCAAACUUUUCUCCUCUUAUAGAUAGUUGCAUUGCCUAGUUGUUUCUUCUCUGACUAGCUUUACUAGCUAGCUAGUGCAUUCGUCGUGCUUACUCUCUUACUUUUUUUCAGUAGUAUAUGUAUUCAUUGUGUUGGACGUGUGUCCAUUCACGCGC